UUUCAACAGAAGUAUACGUACACAAGUAUAUAUAUACACCAAGAUCACCUAUAUAUAAUGUAAUUUUGCUCUAGUUUGUUACUCGACACCCAGUAAUUAAGACGAUCAAAUUAAAAGGCGACGGAGCCUUAGCAAGAUCAAAUCUUUUGGAGCUCAAAUAUGGGAGGAGCUGAUUGGGGACCUGUGGCAGUUGCGGUGGUGCUAUUCGUAGUGUUAUCCCCGGGACUCCUCUUUCAGUUGCCGGCGAGGAGGAGAGUGUUAGAGUGCGGCAACAUGACCACAAGCGGCAUCUCCAUAUUGGUUCAUGCCAUUCUCUUCUUCGCUAUCAUCACCAUUUUGGUCAUCGCCAUUCAAAUUCAUAUCCACAUCUAAUUAAACACCUCCUUGUGUUUGUAGUAUCCUUGUUGAUAUAAUGUAUAUAUUUUUGUGUUUGUAGU